AUGGUGGACCCCAUUUCAAUUAUUUCGGCGGUAGAUCUCUGCUUCAAAUAUGGCACGAAGCUGGUUCACCUAUGCAGCGCACUUGCACACGCCAAAGAUGAUAUUGCAGAGAGAUCCCUCCGUGUCAACAAUUAUUGGAUGAGGGCGGAGGUCCAGUUGAAUGUGGUGCGGGAUAUUGCUCACGAGCUCAGUGAGAAGCAUCGGAUGAUUCAACAUGCGACGAUUGCAAUGCUCGCCACGAAGUUGGAGAUUGCUAUUAACAAGAUUGAGUCUGCCAUCAAGACUCACCCUAUCGGAGACCAAGAACUGGAAGUAUACCGGUGGAAGUAUGCGCUCACGAAAGAAAAGAUCGACGGGACCAUUGAGGAUCUCAAGGAAUGGCAGUCACUAUUCGACCCAUCGUGGUACUUGAUUAUGAGAAUGACAAGCGAUCGAGUCAAUCUUGGCCUAACGACAAACCGAAAAUCUUCUGCUAUGGAUUUUCAAGACCCGAUACCUGCCGCGCAGUUCCUCAGGACAGCCUUGAAUCCGGCAGACAUGAACGCUCAAUCGGUUCGCCUGGCAGCGGACUCCCUCAUUUUCAUUGACCCACAAGAAAUACCAUUUUGCUCAGCGCAGGUGAGCAGGAGGCCAGAGAAUGGUCAAUCGCUUAUUGUGGAACGAAUUGAACCUCUUCCAGGGGCCAAUGUCGGGGACAUCAAGAAAGAUAUACGUGACCUCGCUAGACGGUUGAGCGGCUCCGAUGCCAUGGAAUUCGGUCUCCUUAGCUGCAAAGGAUAUAUCCACCACCGCACGACCGACUCUUCUCAAUCCACGCCAGAUGCAUUUACCAUUAUCUUCCGAAUGCCAGCACAACAUCUUGAACCUCGCUCUCUCCGAGCUUGCUUUCAGGAUAUGAAGCAUAGCCACUCACUCUCCGACCGGUUCAAGUUAGCGAAUGAGCUUGCGAAAGCAGUGUACUCCAUUCACUUGUUUGGAUUUGUCCACAAGAACAUCCGACCAGAAACAAUCUUACUUUUGGGGAGUAAUCAAUCCUCGAUUGGAUCUGCCUUCCUGAUUGGGUUUGGAAGCUUUCGCAUAGCCUCUGGUAAAACUCUGCGGAAAGGCGAAGCGUCCUGGGAACGAGGCCUUUACCAACAUCCUGACCGCAUAGGACCCAUUUCCUCCAGUGAUUAUAUCAUGCAGCAUGAUAUCUACAGUCUUGGUGUAUGCCUGUUAGAGCUGGGGCUGUGGGAGUCUUUUCUGUCGUACGAUAAGUUGUCCCCGGCAAGCCAUGGCAUUGCUUCAACCCCUACUCGCGCUCCUAUUCUGGGAUCAGGGGGAGGGUUAUAUUUUCAAGAACAUCUCCUCUCCUUGGCGAAGGGUGAACUACGGAAGCGAAUGGGAACCAGAUACUCCGACGUUGUUGUCACUUGUUUGACUUGCUUAGACGCUAAUAAUGUCGAUUUCGGAGAUGAGGUGGAUUUUGAAGAUGCUGAUGGCAUUGAAGUAGGUGUGAGGUAUAUUGAGAAGCAAAGGUAA